GGUUCUGAACAUCAUCAUCAUGAAGUCGUUACUGGUGUUGUGUUUGCUGGUCUGCCUGGCUGUUGCCUACGUUGGCGCACAAAAACGGUUUUACGCAUACGCAUACUCUUCUGGGCAGACAGGAAGUGGAUACAGCAGAUAUAGAGCACCAAGAUACAGCGGCUCCCAAGGAAGUACAUACGGCAGAUACAGAACACCAACAUACAGCGGCUCCCAAGGAAGUACAUACGGCAGAUACAGAACACCAACAUACAGCGGCUCCCAAGGAAGUACAUACGGCAGAUACAGGAGACCAACAUACAGCGGCUCCCGUUGGCAGUACAACCACCCCCAGCCUACUACCACUACUCCCCCUCCCGUUACCUUCCCGUCAGAACUUUACAACCAGCUUCCAGAAGACAUUCUCGGCAACGCUCUGUGCUACAUGCUAGGAACAAACCGUUACAUCCAAAAUGCGGCUUUACUUCGCAUAUUCCACACCCAUCCGCAUCAAGCUCUUCAAAUCUACACAAUUAUGCGACAGAUGGUAAACUCUAACAUCAAGGAAGGUCUCGCUGUUGUACGCGAUGAAGCACUCGAUGCCAUUUCCCCUGCUGGAAAGGAGAAGAUGUGCAAUCUGCUUCAAAACAUGCCAGACAACUACAACGCCUGCGGCUUCCAAGACCUCGUCAGCAUCUUGGCCAACGACUGCACACAGCAGGUCAACAACACCGUGCUAACAACACCUACGCCACCUGCACCAACUACAACGAAAGCAACUACAGCUGCACCAACUACAGCGAAAGCAACUACAACUACAACAACUACAACAACGACUGCUGCUACUACGACAACAACAACAUCAACAACGACUGCUGCUACUACGACAACAACAACAUCAACAACGACCCCUACUCCCACUCUUAAUUGCAACGAUAUAACUUCUAUCCGAAGUGUUGCCAUAACAACAAGAAUUGUUGGAGGCUUCGCAGCACAGCAGGGUGCCUUCGACUCCUACGCCUCCCUCAACAUCGGAGGCAGCGCUAACCCCGUGUGUGGAGCUACAAUCAUCGACUCCUGCACUAUUCUGACAGCUGCACAUUGCGUUAAUGGCCAGACUGCUGAUCAAAUCAAAGUCAAUGUCGGCGACCACACAACCGUAGCAUCAACCACGCAGCUCAACGUCAACAGCGUCACAGUCCAUGAGAACUACAACACUCAAACUACAGCCAAUGAUGUAGCGAUCCUGAAGGUCGACCCCAUUGACUUCAACGCCAUCCCCAACACCGCACCAGCCUGCCUCGCCACCGCCGACUACGCUCUGACAGGACAAGACUGCACUGCAGUUGGAGUUGGAACCACCAGCUUUGGUGGCCAGCAGCCAGAUAAUUACCUCCUGCAACAAGUGUCCGUUCCAACUCAGGACGGCAACACCUGCGACCAAGACCAAAGCAUCCUCGUCCAGAUGACCGACCCCAACAACCAGAUCUGUGCUGGUCAAGCGGGCAAAGACUCCUGCCAGGGUGAUUCUGGUGGUCCUCUGUACUGCCAGCAGGACGGUCAACAAGUUCUGACAGGUGUUGUGUCCUACGGUGUUGACUGUGGUCAAGACGGUUUUCCUGGUGUCUACGCCAAGGUGUCCAGCUAUGCUGACUGGAUCGCUGCUCGUUCUGGCUGUUAAACUACGAACGCUGUGUGUAAUAAAUACUUACAAAAU